CUUAUACUUUGUCCGACGUAACGUUGUAGCGGUUUUCUUCCUUUCCCGUGAGAUGCUUUUGUGUUUUUAAAGGGGGUGUUUGUUCAACCCUGGUGUGAAUCCACUCCGGGUUUUCGGCGCUCUGUAACCGUCACUGUCGUUCUUUACCCGGUUGUUGCCCCGGAGGAGAGGCGGUAAAAAUGUAAACAUUGAUUCCCCUCGGUGGACCUGACCAGACUGUCUUUUGUGUUGCUUAUAAGAGGACCAACAGUACAGCUGUAGCUUCUACCUUUGCUGAGUUUAACCCCGUGUCUUCAUUUUUUUUUUUUAAGUUUAUGCGUCUACUUUUAAACGGUAACAAAAAGCAGCCAAAGCUAGCGUUAUGUUAGCUAAGCUAGCUAGCAAACUAGCGUUAGCAAACAAUAACUUGGUAGUAAUUUUUUAGCCGUUAAACUGCCCAAAGUUACUCUCUACGGUGUUCCGAUGAAGAGUAAUGGAGGAAUACGAAAAGUUUGUGCAGCAUCUUCUUCCUCAGCUCAGGAGAAGAGAAGAGAAAGAGGAGGAAAACCACAGACCCUCAUCUGCAUCCUCUGUCAUCCGCUUCUAUGGACGAUCCAUCCUCCCUCCUCUGCUCUCAGAGAAACAGAGAGAGGAGAUGCGUCGACUCAGAGAUGAAGCUGCUGCCCACACAGUUCAGAUCAGAGAUGAUCCCCGGAUGGCCUACAUCCAGACGAUUCUGCACAGCGUUCAGCUGAGGAAGACACCAACACUCGAGGAGUUGCUUCAAGAGUCAGAAAUUAUCACACAAUCUUCAUAUUUCCGUAAAACCACCAGUGGACUGGUGUGUCCGGAUGAUUUUUUUGCUGGAAGCAAUGAUAAUGUUUCGCUCCCAGCUGCAGCGAAAGGAAAAGUUGGUGUUUGUCUUCCUCCACUGACAUCGACGACAUAUAGUGCCUUUUUCGCCUCUAACGUGACACCUCAGGAAAAUUACCAGGAAGGACGCCUUACUGACCAAGUUAACAGCCAACAAGGAUCACAGCCAAAUUUUUUACAUAGUGCGAGCUGCCAGUCGCUCUCCUCAGGUUACGUCACCAACGAGAAUGUAGAAAACUGUACUGCUAUCUCUGAAAGGAUUAAUGCAGAAAACGAGAGCAAUGGCUUCGACUACUCAGAAGGAUUUUAUAACACAGUGGGCUUUUUUCUUCACAACACCUCAAAUACAAUCGCCAAGAUGCCAGAUAUUAUCAGCCACCCUCCCAUAGAUGGAGAGGAAUUAGAGAGGAGUGGGCGGGAGUCAUCUUUUUGUGAUAACUUAACAGACUUGAGAGAAGUUUGUUGCAUGUCAUUUGAGGAGGAUUCACUCUUGUGUAAUCCUUUACCAACAGAAAAAUCUAAAAAUGGUCAACAGGACAGUGUGAUGCGUGAUGAUAACGAUCCCUUUAGUUCAGUGCAUGACCCUGACAAAGAUGCACAUUUAGACAAAAAUGAGGACUCAGUUGCUUUUUUGGAAAAAAGCAGCUUUUCAGAUAGUCCAACACACACACAUAGCACUCGUCACCGUCUUACAACAGAACUGUGUAUUCAGCGCAGUCCCAGAGAGACUGAACUAGAGGACAACCAGGUAGAUGAAGCAGACUCAAAGCUGUCUGAGGAGCCUUAUCGUCUGAGCCUCCAGGCCUUGCUGAAGAAAUCUCAGGAGUAUCGACGGCGCCAGCGGAUGCUUAGGAACCAAGCCAAAAACACUAAAAUCCAAGAGAGAACCCAAGAACAGCCAAGAGCAAAGGCAGAGGAGCAGAGCAGCUCUGAUAAGGAGAAUGAUGAGAUCCCUUACAAGGACACUGUGACUGCAGAGGGGAAGAAGACUAAAGACAAGAGAAGUACUUUUAUCUCGUCAGUGGAAACUUCGUUAAAGAAAUCCUAUGAGAAUGAGCGGAUGAUUGAAAGUGAACUCUCUGGGAAAAAGAUGACACAUUUAACAGGAGAUGGAGAUAAUAAGGAAAUGACUAGUGUUGAUGAAGAAACAAUCAUCAUAAGUAAUAGGCUGAACAGUUCACAGGAGGUCUUAAUAAAGCCAAAACAAUUCAGUGCCUUCAUCCAGCAACAGCCAUUAGAAACUUCCCUUGUUAAAGAUCCUCCAGCUUUUUUUAAAGGAGCAGGGAAAUAUCGCACAGUCCCAGCCCCUAACUUCUGCAGGAGCCCUGUUCACUACAAAAGAAAAAGUGGACAACAGGUUGAUGUGGAGGAGACCUCAAAGGGGAAACUUGAGGUUGGUACUGGUUUGAAAGACCAUCACAAUUCUGAAGAAGUUAAUCCAGGUCAUCAAAACAGUCCUAUAGUGGGUCCUCCUGGAGUGAAUCUCACAGUUGAAGGGGAAGUAACAAGCAUUUUAACCAAGAGUUCACAGCACAUAGAUCAGUUGGAGUCAGACCUGUCCAGUCUUAAGGUUCUGAUCACAGAUCUCGAGUCAACGGUGAAAGAAAACUUGAAAGAAGACAGUCACAGCCAAGCUGAGAGCAGCCUGCGAAGUGAGUUAAGUUUUAAGGGCAUGACAAAUGAGCAAAUAAAAAGUGAUUAUUGGGAGGACAAGCAGAGAGCUCAUGGUGAUAAUAGCAGUGAUGCAGAGUACAGGAAGUGGUCGAGCAGACAGUUAUCUAACAAUUACAGAAACAUGCAUGGAGACUCAGUUCCGGAAGCGACUGUCAGUGACACAGAUGAUGUUCCUCUCACAGUUAAGGAGAACGGGGAUGAGCUCCGUGAUUUUAGCGAGCGCAGAUUGAUCAAAACCUUAUCUGCAGAGAGCGAAAGUAGGAAAAAAGUGAGCAAAGAAGCACUAACCGGGAGUUCUGCACAGCCUGGAGAUUGCGGAAAGCAGCAGCCACCUGCUAAAUGCAUCCUUUCUGUGGCUCAGCAGAUGCGCAUUCCCGAUGUUUUCCGAAAUGUUCCAUCUGAUCCUCCUUUUCGGAGUUACAUCUCAGUGCCUUCAGAUAACAGUAACCACCUUGUUGAAAGAAGGAAAGAAUUGGCCCUAGAAGGUCACGACUCCACCCGCUCACCAUCUCUAAAUCAGUCAUAUGAUGUGGACACACCGUCUGACCUGUGGUUCACUGAAGGAUCAGGGUCACAAGGUCAUCCUGAGCAAGAAAAGCAUCUGACCCCACAGAGUGGCAGUGACGGUCAGGGAGGGUCGUCCAAGGUCAAACGGAGACUGCUAAUGCACACAAUGGAGGAGACACUGGAAGGGAGUGCCAAUACCAGUGGGGGAGCGGACUCUGUCAGACCCAACUCCAGCACACCCAGAGCUGCAGGGCAGUGGUGUGAAGGUCUCGGCAGUCAGAGGGAUAAGCGAGAGCAGCUGAAAGAGAUACACGCUGCUCAGGUCAGAGCGCUGCAAGAGGAGCACAGGAGACAGCAGGAGGAGCUACUACAGGCGCUGGCAGUCCGUUAUCAUCUCCUUCAGAGCGUGUCCUUCCCCUGCUCCAUGUCAGGCUCACGUCUUGGGGACACGUUGACCUUUUCUACCCUCUCUCAGCCCUCCAGCUCGCAGCACUACCGCCCCCUGCUGGCAGCGGCUGUGAAGGGUUUUCUAACUCGCAGGCUGCUGAGGACGGAGAGAGUGACACAGCUGGUGCGCACUGUCAGGGACACACAGCAGUUCCUGCAGGCCCUCCGGCAGCAGAGCACUCAGCUCUGCAACAAACAGGACCUCUUACUGCAGGAGAGAGUCACACUGCAGCUGCGCGCUGCACAUUAUGAGGUCUACGACAUAUUCUUCAACCUGUCAGCCAGAGAGCGAAUGCAGCUGAUCAGCUGGGACAGAGAGCUCACCAAGGAGAGAGAGCUCAGACGACAGGGUUCACAGACUGGCCGCCCCAGAGGAAAGAGCUUUCUGUCAGCUGCAACACAGAAGUCGCUGGAGAGGAAAAGAGGAAUGAUGAUCCAAAGAAAGGCUGCAGGAAGGCACCGCGGGGUUAUGACGAGGACAGCACAAAAGUCUGGAUUCUCUGCUGAGCCCCUGCGAGAAACCAAACGAGGACAUUUCAGAGCAAAUCCUCAGAGGGUCCCCAAGAGCGCUUCCUCCUCUAGACCCCAAUGACACCUUCCUAAUUGGCCCCAGUGAGAACUCCUAACAAGCCCUCUAGUGAUUACAUGAAUAGAGUAUUACUAAUCAUCUGAGAGUUUCCAAAUCCAAAAACCAAAUUUGAUUCAAAUGGAUGACUAAUGUAUAUCAUUGUAUUUCAUCUCGGGGGCUUUGAGAACAUUUGUGAUACCAUGGUGUCUACAGAGGACCGGCUAUGUCACGUCUGCUUCCGGCAUAUUUUAUUUAUUUAUUUUUUUGCCAUCUUCAGAUUAUUCAUGUUGAAGAUAUUUGUGCGAAAAUGUUGAGUUGACAGAAAAAAUCGUUUGGCAGCAACUUUAAAGGGUUGUUCACAGCACCUGAAAGAUUUAUAGACUCGCAGCAGACGUUCUGACAGCUACAGUGAACAGUAUUGAUCAUCUCUCUGUUCGUUUGGGUACUAGAGGAAGACAGCAGUUCAUAAAUUUGGGGUCAAAUAUUAGAUUUGUGUUGGGAACAAAUACUCUUUAGUAGGUUGUGCAUUGUAGUCUUCAGAUAGGCAGUCGCUUUGUUUAAAGGUGACCAAUUGUGCUUAUUUCCAGCCUAAUAUUUUUAUUCAUGAACUCCACAAGAGUGGCUUUGCAUGAUUCACAGGUAGCAGAUAUCCUUAUUUGUCUUUUGCUGAGGCUUGGUGCAGCUCCUCAGUCCAUCCAUUGUCUGAAAUAAGAUCUUUUGUUAACUUUGUGACCACUUUGACUGAAAUUUCAGGACCACAGAUCCUGAAACAUAUUCUUAAAGUGUGACUGCCGUCACAUGCCUUAAAGUUGGCGAGCUAAUAGUUACACAGCAGCUUGUUUCUUGUUUGCUGACAUUGGCAGCUCUUUGCCUGCACAAGCUUUAUAAACAUCUAUGAAACAGAAUAAAAUAUACUUCAAUCUUACUCUCAGAUUUGAAACAUAGCUUGGAGUUUUGUUCUGCUUAUUUCCAGUUCCAUUUUUUGUCGUUUGACUCUACCAGCAUGGCUUUGCAUGAUUAACAGUUAAAGGUUUUCCUUAUUAUCUGAUACUACGCCUUGGCGUAGCACCUCGCUCUCGUUCACUAGCUGAAAUGAGCUGUUUUAGUCAACUUUCUCCUGAUUGGCUGCCCCUCAUAAAACAGGUUUCAAGCAGAAAGUGGGUGGGGCUUCUGUGCCUGAGAAGACCAUAUUAGGGAUAUUCCCUUUCUUUUAAAGCCAAGCGUAGAUAAAACAGUUAGAGCAGUGUGAAGCCUUAACUUUUGUCUGUGCCACAGUAUUUAUGACAGAAAAAAAGGAAAAUUAUAAUAGAUCCACUUGAUGAUGUUAGGAAGUAAACAUGUGGUAGAUAAGCUUUUUCAGAGCAGACACUUUAGAAAAAGCACCCUUGUAUGUGCUGUGCUGUAUGGCUCACUGUUACAUUUAAUGGGAAAUAAGCAUUGCUUGUGUUUUUCCUGCUGCUGUUAUAAAUCUUUGUCUUUUGUGGCAAAAACAGUAUUUCCCCUUUUCCACAAAGACAAUGCUGGUGCCCAGUGUAGUGCAGACUAGUCCCAAGUGACAAAAGCUGAGGCCAGCACUACGCUUCAGAGAUCCCAGGCACGGUGUUUUAGGCACUCAGGUCAGUGACCAUGAGAAGGACUAUCACAACAACCAGCAGAGGCAGUCCUCAGAUUCUCUCUGUCAUCAUUUUUCUUCCCACAGUAGCUCUUAACUUCUCGCAACUCAGCAUAAUCGCCACUAAAACCAGUUGAGAGGUGGGCCGGUUCUCUGGAAGCUCUCUGUGUGGGUGGAAAAGAGGUGCAUUAGGACACCCAGCUGAAACACACCUGUUCAUUCAUCACCUUCAUGAUUCACCACCUCUUGUAUUUACACAUAUUAAACCCUGCUUGUGUGAUAUGAGUAGUAUUUUGUUUGUCUUCAUAUCGAUGGCUGAUACUUGACUUGAAGUGUUACUCUUCGUGUUGCCUUAAAUAUUUGUAGCUAAAACCUUUUGCAAAUUUUGUAUUGUUGUGGAUUUUUGAUUUGUUUUAAAUGUUAUUUAUUUG